UCACCCAGAGCUGUUUGUGAAGAGGAUCUGUAUUUGUUCAAUUAUGGACUCUUCUGGGGAAAAAACAGGAAAAUGCACCGAGGCAGUGAAAGAGGAUUUAAAGGAAGGUGCAGCGGCUGCUUGCGCACAGAGCUCCCGAGGCUGUUGCCAGAAAUGUGUCCCUCGGUUUAUUCCGUCAGUUUACCGCAAUGAGCUUGUGCAACUUUCCAAACUGGCGGGACCAGUGGUCAUUUCCCAGUUCAUGAUUUUCAUGAUCAGUUUUGUCAGCACGGUGUUCUGUGGUCACCUGGGGAAAACUGAACUUGCAGCUGUAGCAUUAUCAAUUGCGGUAGUUAACGUCACUGGUAUUUCCAUUGGCACCGGUUUGUCGUUAACUUGUGAUACCCUCAUAUCUCAGACGUAUGGGAGCGGUAACUUGAAGCGUGUGGGUGUGAUUCUCCAGAGGGGAGUUCUGAUUCUGCUGCUGGCCUGUUUCCCUUGUUGGGCCAUCCUCAUCAACACUGAGCCCCUCCUACUUGCUGUCAAACAGAGUCCAGAGGUCGCCAGCCUCUCCCAGCUCUAUGUGAAGAUCUUCAUGCCCGCUCUGCCGGCUGCUUUCAUGUACCAGCUGCAGGGGAGGUAUCUUCAAAAUCAGGGAAUUAUAUGGCCUCAAGUUAUAACUGGAGCAAUCGGAAAUGUCUUUAAUGCAAUAUUCAACUACGUCUUCAUCCAUCAGCUGGAUUUGGGUGUUGCUGGAUCAGCAGCAGCCAGUGCCAUCUCCCAGUAUUUGUUGGCAUCAGUCUUAUUCAUUUACAUGUACUUGAGAGGUCUGCAUAAGGCCACAUGGGCAGGUUGGUCCCUCGACUGUCUCCAGGAGUGGGGACCCUUUGCCCAGCUGGCUGUCCCCAGCAUGCUCAUGCUCUGUCUGGAGUGGUGGGUGGUUGAAGUGGGAGGAUUCCUGGCUGGUGUGAUCAGUGAGGCCGAGUUGGGAGCUCACUCGAUAUCCUACGAAUUGACUGUUAUUGCAUACAUGAUUCCAUUAGGGUUUGCUAGUGCUGCCAGCGUACGGGUUGGGAAUGCACUUGGUGCAGGAAACAUCGAGCAGGCCAAGCUGUCGUGCAAAGUCCCCAUCAUCUGUGCAUUCAUAAUUGCAUGCUUUGUUAGUAUUAUUUUUGGCAUCUCCAAGGAUGUCAUCGGAUACAUUUUCACAUCAGAGCCCGAUAUUUUGCAGAGGGUUUCUGACCUCAUGUUGAUAUUUAGUUUCUUGCAUCUUGGUGAUGCAAUUGCGGCUGUGGCUGGAGGAGUUGUCAGAGGUGUAGGAAAACAGUCGGUUGGUGCUCUGUGUAACCUGGUCGGGUUCUACAUUUUUGGCUUACCCACUGGUGUGUCUCUGAUGUUUGCAGCCAAAAUGGGGGUUGUAGGAUUUUGGGCAGGCCUUACGGUUUGCGUGUUCGUGCAGUCGAUCUUUUUCAUCACAUUUUUGUGCAAACUCAAUUGGAAGAAGGCUGCUGAAGAGGCUGUAGUGCGAGCGGGAGUCCGCGUCAAAGAAGAAAAAAACACGAUCAAGAUGGAAAAUAGAGACUCUAAUCACAUCCAGACGCCAAUCAGUACUAUUGCAUCCAGUGGUGAGAGCGCCGAGGUGGACCACGUAUACAUGGAGGUGCAAAUACCAGAAGAGAGUCAAACCACCAACACCACUACAGUGGGAGAUGUUCUGUCAGUGUCACAGCUGGUGUUACGGCGCGGCCUGGCGAUACUCAUCAUGAUCCUCAUCCUCGCUGCUGGAGUCAUUACCAACACCGUCCUCACCCCGCUGCUCAAAUGAUGUAAUGGGUUAAAUGUAUUGUUGUGUAUAUACAUACACGCUUAGCAUAUUUAGUGUGCACACAAAAAAUACCACUUUUUAUUUUAUUUGCCUUAAUCAACAUAUCACAAAAAGAUAUCAGAAAUACCAAAAGAAAAUUAAAGAAUUU